CUUACCAGCUUCAAUAAUUUUUAUUCUUUUAUUUCAUGGAGACGACCAUGGUUCCAAAUCAAGUUGCAGAAUGCCUGCUUACUUUGGUUAUGAUGAGUUUACUAGUAGUUUCUUCAUCUUCUUUGCCAUUAAAUAGGAGAUCUUUGAAGUUCCUCCAAGAAGUUAACCGGAAAGGACCUUACAUAGGCCUCAUCACAGUUUAUUCACCAGAAGAGGCUGCCUUUUUCCACACUGGGGCUUUUAGGCCUAAUCCGAAGCAUCCUUUUCUGGAUUUUUCAGGUAGGCGAUUCCGGGUAGGAAAGAUCCAUGACAAGAAAGUCAUCUAUGUGAAAUGUGGAAUUGGCAUGGUGAAUGCUGCAGCAGCAACACAACAAAUGCUGGAUCUAUUUGACAUUGCCGGAAUUGUUCAUUUUGGUAUAUCUGGCAAUGCCAAUAACUCUAUGUCUAUUGGUGAUGUUACCAUUCCUCAACAGUUUGCUCACACUGGCCUAUGGGAUUGGGGGAACCCAAAUGGAACUUUGGAUCCGGAAGAUAUCACACAAUUAGACUUCAAAGCAUACAAUGCACCAAAAGGAGGAGAAAAUCUGCUAGGACACAUUGGAUUUAGAAAUGAAGAGUUCUAUUCUGAGUUCAAUACUCCAAAUACUGUGCGGCCAUUGUUUUGGGCAAAGACUACUCGAAAGUGGCUUCAGGUUGCUGCCCAGUUGGAGGGUAUUGAACUGGUGCAAUGUGUGAAUUCGAGUUUAUGUCUGCCACAGAAGCCUAAGCUAGUUGUUGGUCUUAGGGGAUCAACAGGCAACAUUUUUGUGGACAAUGCAGCUUACAGAAACUUUCUUUUUCAAAGUUUUCAUGUUUCCUCAGUGGACAUGGAAAGCUCGGCUGUAGUAAUGACAAGCUUGUCGAAUGGCUUCCCGGUGAUUGUGAUCCGAGGGUUAUCAGAUCUAGCAGGAAGGCAAGCAGGAGAGAACCCGAUUCAGACCUUUGGGCCUCUUGCAGCUAUUAAUGCUUGCAAAGUAGUUGUACAGUUCAUCAUAGCCCUGCAAGAGCAAAAAUAAAUUAGCAAAGUUCCCUAUUAGUUAGGGCCCCUUGAAGGCGUACUGAAGCUUAGUUGACAUUGAUAUUGUACUGUUAAAACUUUUUAAUUUACAUUAAGAAAAGUAUGCAAAUAAG